AUGGCAGAGUACAAGGCGUUAAAAGGAAAGCGUGCUACGAUAAAAGGAAAAGUCACUCGUAUGCUGAAUUAUUUCGAGUCACCGGAAGAAAAGUCGGCAGCAGAUGCGCAAAUCAGGCUAGCAAAGCUCGAAGAAUGUUGGACAGCUUUCGAAGAAAUACAAACGGAAAUCGAAACAUUGUCGAUAGAAGACGAUGCAACACUCGCGCAGCAAUUAUUGGAGGGCGAAGCGGAAAGAAAAGCGUUCGAGGCGAAUUAUUAUAAAGCAGCAGGAAGAGCUCAGGAAAUUAUCGAUCAAGAUCGAAUGCCAAACCGGCAGGGUCAAAACGUCGCGCAAGAUAUGGCAAAUGGACUGCCUAUCAGACAAAUCGUUCAAGAAAUGCCGAGGCAAAGGCCGAAGCUACCCGAAAUAAAACUCCCAGAGUUUAGCGGCGAGUUUACGAAAUGGAUGUUCUUCAAAGAUAGCUUUGAGACAACGAUUCAUGAAGAGCAAAAUCUCACCCCGAUGCAAAAGCACCAGUAUUUGGUCGGCGUACUCAAAGGCGAAGCACUAGAAGUAAUAAAAGGAUACAGGAUCUCGAACGAGAAUUACGAGCAUGCAUGGAAGCUCUUAAAGGAUACAUAUGACAACAAAAUAAUCAUAAUCGAAGCACAUCUCGACGAGCUCUUAAAUUUCCCUGUCAUCUCCAAGGAAAAUAAAGCAGAUUCAAUCAGACAGUUCGUUUGGCACAUACGAACACACAUGACGUCGCUGGAAGCACUUGGUCAGCCAGUAAAUCAAUGGGAAACGAUAAUACUUCAUUUAGCGAAGAAGAAGCUUGAUUUCGUGGAACAGCGAGAUUGGCAAAACAUAAUAAAGGAUCGGAAUGCGGCAGACAUGCCCAGAAUAGAAGAAUUUCUCAAAUUUCUCACGGAUCGGUGCAACACUCUAAGGGUUCUCAACCAAGGGAAAGAGAAGUCAGCUACAACGAAACCGUCAGAGAAGAAGAAAAGUGAUAAAAAAGUCACACUAGCUGUCACGGCGCAGGAAUGUAAGUACUGCAAAGGAACUCACUCAAUCUACAAGUGUGAAGAGUUGCAAAAACUAUCGCCGGUUGACAGGAAGAAGGAAAUCGUUAGCAAAAGGCUAUGUAUUAAUUGUCUCGGAGAAGGGCAUAUUGCGAGAGAUUGCAAAUCGACUUCAUGCAGGAAGUGCUCUAUGCGUCAUAACACUUUGUUGCACAGAGAUACAGAGUCGCAGACGAAAGCGGGAAGUGAACCGGACACAACGGCAGUGGUCGCGUACUGUGCAGAUAAAUCCAUUGAAAAGUCAAGAUCAUCAAUGAAGAUCGAAGAUCAAGAAUACAUAACAAAUAUUCACUGCGUCCAUAAGCCGACAUCGAGCAUCAUUCUUUCAACGGCACGGGUGCAUGCUUACGACGUAGACGGAAAUCCUCAGAUAUGUCGAGUACUGUUGGAUCCAGGGUCACAGUCGAACCUGAUAACGGAAAGUUUCGCAAGACAGCUGAAAUUGAGGCAUAGAACGGAACAUCGACCCAUCAGCGGUAUAAAUCUAGCAAAGACGAACGCCAGCAAGGUAGUCACAGUUCGAAUAGAGUCACUUCAAGAGGACUUCUCGACAAAUCUUGAAUGCUUGAUACUGCCAAACAUUACGGAGCAGUUACCACAAAGUCGAAUCGACAUAACGCAGAUAGCAAUGCCAAAAAGCAUACGCUUAGCGGACCCAGUGUUUGACAAACCUGGUCAAAUAAAUCUACUAGUAGGAGCAGGACUUUAUUGGAAGAUCCUCGUCGGCAACCCGAGAAAUCAAGUUUCUGGACAACCAGCUCUACAAAAUACGCGCUUAGGUUGGAUAAUCGGAGGUGAGAUACCUGGAAAGAAAUCGAAAUCAUCAAUGACGCACUUAUCGAUCACAAAUGAGAUGCUGAGCAAACAAAUCGAACGAUUUUGGAAGCAAGAGGAGUUUCCGGAAAUCCCUCAAUACACCGAAGAAGAAAAGUAUUGCAAGAAAUAUUUUGCGGAUACAGUCAAGCGAGAGCCAGACGGUCGAUUCGUUGUGCGACUACCGCAGCGACCAGAGGUCAUUUUAGGAGAUUCAAUGGAGCAGGCAUAUCGACGGUUGUUGUCGCUCGAACGAAGAUUCUCAAAGGAUCCAGAAUUUCAGAAGGAAUAUGUCAAGUUUAUGGAUGACUAUCUAAAGCAAGGUCACAUGUCCGUAUUAACGGAUGAAAAAAUUCAAGGAUCGGAAGGUUACAUACUUCCUCACCAAGCGGUGAUACGACCAGACAGUGUCACUACAAAAUUGCGUGUUGUUUUUGAUGCAUCUGCCAAGACAACACUCGGAACAUCACUGAAUGACAAGCUCAUUCCGGGACCGAACUUGCAACAGGAUUUAGUCUACAUAAUCCUGCGAUUCAGAAUCUAUGAGUACGUAAUGACGGCGGACGUGGCCAUGAUGUACAGGCAGAUUUUGGUGGCCAAGCCAGAUAGGGUGCUUCAGCGCAUACUAUGGAGAAGAAGUCCGAGCGAACUCAUCAUGUUAUGUGAGCUGAAUACUGUGACCUACGGCCAGGCAGGUGCGGGUUUUCUAGCCAUUAGCUGUCUGAGAGAGUUAGCUGCAGAAGCAAAAGAUUUGCCACUCGCGGCAAAAGCAUUGGAAGAAGAAACCUACAUGGACGACGUCCAAACAGGAGCUGACACAUUGGAUGAAGCAAUCGAGAUGCAAAGACAACUGUCCGAGUUAUUAGCACGAGGACAAUUCUAUCUUCGAAAAUGGAGAGCAAAUGAUUCGAGAAUACUACAACAUCUCAGCGAGGCAUGUAAAACUGAUAAGCUGCUGGUGUUAGACAAGGAGGGAGCCCAAAAAACUCUAGGCUUGCUCUGGAAUGCGGCAGAAGACUGCCUGCAAUAUAAGGUAGAGAUCGAGGAGACAAAGGUCACAACGAAGCGUACUUUACUCUCGAAGAUCUCGCAAGUAUUCGAUCCGCUGGGAUUGAUAGCGCCGCUACUCAUUAACGGCAAGUGCAUUAUGCAACGAUUAUGGCUGUUUGAAAUUGGUUGGGAUCAAACUCUUCCUCCGGAGUUUCUAUCGACUUGGGAAAAGUAUUAUACUUCCUUGCCAAGAGUCAAUGAAUUACGCAUGCCGAGAAACGUCAUACCUACUAAUUCAUCAAAGAAAUUUGAUAUUAUGGGAUUUGGAGACGCAUCCGAAAAGGCCUACGGUGCUUGUUUAUACGCUGUGAGCAUAGACAAAUCGAGAAAGGUACAAUCUCAUCUCAUCUGUGCGAAGUCCAAGGUGGCCCCGUUAAAAACUAUAUCUCUGCCACGUUUGGAGCUAGAAGCUGCUCUAUUACUAUCUGAUCUUUAUCAUACUGCAAAAAGGGCUUACGGCGAUCGUAUUCGUACAGUGCGACUAUGGAGCGACAAUACCAUAGUCCUCGGCUGGAUCAAUACUCCACCCAACGUGUUAAAAACAUUUGUGGCUAAUCGCGUAUCGAAGAUACAACUGCUAACGAAGAAUAUAGAAUGGUACCACGUGCCCUCUGAAGAUAAUCCGGCAGAUAUGCUGUCGAGAGGAAUUGAAGUUGACCGAUUAAUCGAAGAUAAGCUGUGGUGGCAUGGACCUCAGUGGAUGACGGAAGAAAAUCAAUGGCCGAAAAACAUGAAAGCGCCUGAUACAGUACUACCGGAGAUGAGACCAGUAACUGUGGCAUUAGUGACGGCUACAGCAAAGGAGAUUCUCGAGAGAUUCUCUUCUUAUAGCAAGCUGCAAAGAGUUAUCUCUUACUGUCUUCGAUGGAGAAGCAGCAGUCAAGCAGGUCCACGAAAUCGCCCUGUCACUGUGGAAGAACUAAGAAAUGCCGAAAAAAUCAUAGCAAGAAUGGUGCAACAAGAGGCCUUCUCGCAAGAGGUUCGAGACUUAGAAAACGGGCAAGAAGUACAUCGCAAAAGUAAAUUGAGACCAUUAGACCCCUUUCUAGACAAAGAAGGAUUGAUUCGCAUUGGCGGUAGGCUCCGACAUGCAGCUAUGUCCGAAGAUCGAAAGCAUCAGAUUAUUCUACCCGCUAAGCAUUUUGUUACGAAUUUGAUAAUGAAGAGCGAACACAUACGGUUACACCAUUGUCCACCUACUCAGUUGUUGAGUGCUGUACGAUACAGGUUCUGGCCGUUAAGCGGUCUAAGAGAAGCUCGAAAGGUAAUAAAAGCUUGUCUGCCGUGCUAUCGUUUCAGACCGACGUUCCCUGAAGUGAAAAUGGGAGAUCUACCAGCUCAGCGAGUUAGCGGAUUCUCGCGUCCGUUCGUGACUACCGGCGUAGACUAUGCCGGUCCUCUCCAAAUUCGAGAAAGUCGACGGCGUGGAAGAGUUCACGUAUCCAAGGGCUACGUAGCAGUAUUCACGUGCUUUAGUACAAAAGCCGUGCAUCUAGAAUUAGUGACCGAUCUCACCACUGAAGCAUUUAUCGCAGCUUUACGAAGAUUUACCGCGCGAAGAGGAAUCUGUUCGCAGCUCUUCUCUGACAACGCAACGAAUUUUGUUGGUGCGGCUCGGGAGCUGAAGGAAAUCUACGAGUUUCUAGAGAAAGAAAAGGUCGAGAUAGAGACAUAUCUCGCGAGUCAAUGUAUGAAAUGGAAUUUUAUUCCGCCACGCACUCCAAAUUUCGGUGGUUUAUGGGAGGCGGCGGUGAAAGCCUUGAAGCGUCAUCUCUACACACUGACGCAAGGUUUAACGCUUACUUAUGAAGAAUAUAACACGCUUUUGACUGAAAUAGAAGCCAUUUUAAAUUCCAGACCCCUGACCCCUUUAUCGAGUGAUCCAGCGGAUCUGUCAGUCCUCACUCCUUCCCAUUUCCUUAUUGGCGAUUCUCUAAUACAGCCCGUUCAGCAAGAUUGGACCGAGACUCCAGAUAAUAAACUAUCGAGAUGGCAACACCUGCAAAAGCUUCGUCAAAAAUUUUGGCUUCGAUGGCAAACGGAGUAUCUACAAGAACUACAGAAACGAGGCAAAUGGACCAAAGAAGGAGACAACAUCAUGCUUAAUACUUUAGUAUUGCUCAAGGAGGAUAACUUAUCCCCUUUAAGGUGGAUGCUUGGAAGAGUUGUUGAACUCCACCCUGGACCAGAUAAUGUUGUACGAGUUGUAACGGUGCGGACUCAUAGCGGCACUUUUAAGCGAUCCGUCCGAAAUUUAUGCCCGAUUCCCCAGGAUGGAUUAUCGCUAGAUUGA